UGUUCCGGUAGGUGAUCAUAUACUAUUAAGAGCUUAUUAAUUUAUUUGAUUUAUUUUGCUUUUGGAGGUUUUGCCAGUUCCAUAUGCUAACAAGCACACAGAAAUGUACGGUAGUUUUGAUGGUCGGCAAAAGCUUCUAAGUGACUCGGAUGCAAACGAUAGUGAAGAUAUGGGAAGCGUAAAGUUAGUACCUAUCGAUUUGAGUAAACCUAAUGAAAAUGAAGAAGAAGAUGAACCAGUAGACUUAGAAGAUGGUACUAAUGGUUAUGAAGAUGCACCCAACCCUAUUCUGGAACAACAAGGUGAAACCGAGACCGACGAUGCCCCACCAGAAGAGAAAACAGGUGCAUUUGGACUUUUAGAGAAACUAGAAGAUUUUAUUGGUGAUAAAGUGGAAGAUGUAAUUGGGAAAAAAGAUGACACAACAAGUGUUUUGAGUGAGGAACUUUUUGUUGAUUACACUCUUCAUCAAGCUGCUAGUGAGGGCUCCAUAAUGAACAUCCAGCAAGCAUUCAAGAAUAUAGAAGAUGCGAACAAGUUAGUGUCCAUGGAAAUCAACAAACUUAACCAACAAGGUUUCAGCCCAUUACAUUUAGCAGCGCGAUACAAUCACAAGAAAGCAGUGGCAUUGCUUUUGGAUAAUGGAGCUGAUAUUGAUGUUGAAGUAUCUGAAUAUAAGUUCACACCACUUCAUUUAGCAGCAAAGUAUGAUAUGAUAUUAGCAGCCAAAUGCUUAAUACAAAGAGGCGCAGAUACAACUAAAGCAACAACAUAUGGUACAACUGCUUUGCAUUUUGCUGCACGUUGUGGAAAUGCUGAGCUAAGCAAAUUGUUACUGGAUCAAGAACUUGUUUCACCUAAUAUUACAGAUAAUUCUUUGAACACUCCACUCCACACUGCCAUGUUGGGACGUAGUGCAGAAGUUACUCAGCUCUUAAUAGAAUAUGGUGCAGACAUCGAAGCUUGUGAUAUUGAAGGAGAAAGACCGAUUCACAUUGCAGCUGCUGAGGAUUGUUCUGAUCUCAUCGUUUUACUUGCAAAAGGAGUGUUAAAGAAGAUCCCUGAAGAAGAACGUGAAAAUGCGCAACGAAACUUCAUAAAUGCAACAUCUUAUGAGAAUGACACUGCUCUUCAUGUAGCUGCACAAGCUGGUUAUGAAGAGACAGUUAAAACACUACUUUCCAUUGGAGCAGAUGUAAAUGUUCGCACUGAUACAAGACAAACACCACUACACCUAGCAGCUAUGAGUGGGCAACUUUCUGUAGUGAAGUUCUUAGUUUUAAACAGAGCUAAAGUCAAUGUUCGCGAUGACCAGUUAAUGACACCCUUGCAUAAGGCUUGUCAGCAUGGACGGCUUGAUAUUGUCAAGUAUUUAAAAGAGCAUGGCGCAAGAAUUGAAGCAAAAGACAAUGAAAAUUUCACGCCUUUAAUGUGUGCUGUUUGGAAAGGACAAAACGAUGUUGUUGAUUAUCUUCUAAAUGUUGGAGCGAAGAUCAAUGUAACAGAUAUCAACAUGAAAACUCUGUUACAUCUUGCUAUUGAGGAAGACUGGGAUGAAACACUGGCGAUGUUAGUUAAUCGUGGAGGGCACAUUUUGAUAAACUCGGUCGAUAAAGAUUUCAAAAGUCCACUCCAUUACGCAGCAAAUAUGGGAAAUGAAGAGGCAAUUACUUUACUUUUAAGUAAGUCAGCGAAAGUCGAUCAUGGUGAUAAUGAGGAAAAGACUUCAAUUCAUAUUGCUGCUGAGCAAGGAAGAAACAACUCUGUCAAACUUCUUGGUGAAGCUGCACCUGGUAUUAUCAACUCAACUGAUGAUAGGGGUAGAUCACCAUUGCAUCUUGCUGCAAUCAAUGGGCAUAAGCGCGUUUGUGACUCACUAAUCGAAAUGGGGGCAGAGACUUCAUCUCGAGAUGAUGUAAAUUGGACACCUUUAGACUAUGCUGCAAGACAUGGUCACACAAAAACUGUGAAAUUGUUACUUGACAAUGAUGCUCCUGUUGAUGCAUUUGACAAGAAUUUAAGUACACCUCUCCACCAUUCUUCUAAACAUGGACAUAUCGAUUGUAUUAAAAUUUUAUUGGAUUAUGGAGCUAGUAUAUCACAACAAAACAUCCUUGGAAAGAAUUGUUUAGACUUGGCUGUAGAGAAUAAUCAAAGAGAAGCAUGCAUGGCAUUUGUCACACAUAAAAGGUGGAGAGAAGCGAUAAACCAUGUUGAUAAUGAUGGCACCCACCCAAUGGAAAAACUCAUUGCAGCAGCACCAGAAGCUGCAGAAGUUGUGCUAAACAACAGCAUUCGCUAUUCAAAGCAUUCAGUAAAACAUCCCGAUUAUAGUAUUACAUACAGUUUUUGUUACGUUGAUCUUCAUCCAGAGAAGCAGAUAAACAAUAUAUAUUUUGCACCAUCUACCAUGGUCAAACACCAUCGUGAAUCAUUGUUGUCUCACCCACUUACUGUUGCGCUGAUUGAUGACAAGUUUGCGCGUCUUGGAAGAUGGAUAUACCUGACAAACCUAACUGCUUAUAUUGUUUUUGUAGCAUUACUGACAUCUCUUCUUGUUGUUGACAAAGAAAGAAUGUCAAAUCCAAAUGUGAGAUUACAAAAAUCAAAAUAUCAAGAAGUUGCGCCAUGGCUCAUUUUAAUCCUAACCGUUGCACAACUAAUAAAAGAAGUGGUGCAAUUUUUGCACAUGCGCUUGCGUUACUUCAAAGAUAUGAUCAAUUACUUGGAAAUAAUUCUAUAUACAGCAACAAUAGUAUUUCUGAUGCCUUUUCUAAUUGAGAAUUCACACUCAAAAUUUAAUUCUGACACCAUAGUAGUAUUAAAUCAAGAUGAUAUGGAUUAUUUAAAAAAACUGGAAGAUAUUAAGUGGAAUGCAGGUGCUGUAACUAUAUUGUUCGCAUGGGGAAAUUUAUUGCUGUAUUUGAAAAGAUUUCCAUUGUUUGGUUUAUAUGUUGUCAUGUUAACGGAAGUGUUUAAAACUGUCAUAAGCGUGUUAACAGUUUUCAGUAUUUUUAUUGUGGCAUUUGCACUUUCUUUCUUCGUCUUGAUGGAUGGUCAAGAUGCAUUUAGAUAUGUUGGAAGGUCUAUUGUGAAAACUGCAGUUAUGACGGUCGGUGAAUUUGAAUAUAGUUCAAUUUUCACAGAGCAUUUAAACAGCCCAAAAGUGAUUCCUCAUAAAGUUAUGACUUUUUUGAUUUUUGUACUCUUCCUUGUCAUCAUGCCAAUCCUUAUCAUGAACUUGCUUGUUGGUUUGGCCAUUGGAGAUAUUGAAGCUGUUCGAAAAACAGCUUAUCUUCGUAUUUUAAAAGCCCAAGUGCAAAUGCUUACAACAUUUGAUAGGACUUAUCCUAGCUGGUUACUCAAAGCAUUUUACAACCCAGAGAGAGUUCACAAGCCAAAUGAAAAGAGAUGGUCUAAAAGAUUCAUUAAUUGGAUCCGGGGGUCUGAUUACGAUUCGUUAAAGGAGGAGCAAAAAGAAAUGGCAGGUAAAGAGGAGCUUAUUUUACGUGAACUGACUUCAAAUCGUGAGGAGUUAAACAAACAGAAGAAACGAAUGAAAUCUUUAGUGGAUAUGAUUGAAGAGCAAUUUGAUAUCACUAAGAAAAUAGCAGAAAAAUUACAACUGGAAGAGGAUAAUAAAUAUCAACAAAACAGGCAAUCUGAUAUCAUCCGUAAAUUAACCAACUUUAAGCCAAUGUGCUACUAUCUCAUUAAAAUAGUUCAUAAAGGAGAGAGGUAUCAUGAAGCGGAUUGGAAGGUGAAUAUGCCAGCUGUAUCUGAGCAUGCCCAGUUUUGUUUUUUUCGAUCUUGCCUUAAAAAAGAUUGCUUUGCCAUAAAGUGGAAACAGUUUCUACUUUUUAGUGGCAUAUUUUGCUGUAAACUUUUAAUCAAUCAGACACAAUACACAUACACUUUUGUUACUAUAAACAGAACCUUAAUUUCAGUCUUAAGUGUAUUAGAUGAUUUGCUAAUAAUGGGUGAUAUUACAUUAAUUUCUCUUCAUCGCCUGACGUCUUUAAAUGACUCAAUAGAUGGAAAUGGUGAUGACAGUGACAAAGAGAAUGAUGAGAAGAGUGAUAAAAAUGAUAAAGAUGAUGAAGAUGAGGGUGAGGAAGAGAAUUCCGCUAUGUUGACUAUAACCAGAGCUCUUGGGAUGCUCGGCCUCAGAAAACGAAGUUCUAGCAGUACAUCAACUGUAAAAAUACAUAACUUUUUGAAAGAAAAUGAAAAAGAUUCAGCUGCAGAUAUAGACGAACAUAUUUCUCUUCCAAAAGAUUAUUCAUUUUAUCAAAUUGUUACUGAUGGUUCAAUUAUGUUGACUCAAAAAGCACUGGAAAAUGUUGAUGUAGUUCGUGAUAUAGACAAGCUUAACACAGAGGGAUUCAGUUUAUUGCAUUUAGCAGCACGUUAUAAUCACACAGCUAUUAUAAAUAUUCUCAUUGACCAUGGAGCCAAUGUUAAUGUUUGUGACUUUGAUUAUAGCGCUACACCACUCCAUCUUGCAGCCAGAUAUGACAUGAUAGCAGCUGCCAAGUGUCUGAUUGAACGCAAUGCAAAUAUAAAUUCAAAAAAUAUUUAUGGUACAACACCUUUUCAUUUUGGAGUGCGACGUGGAAACGCUGAACUGUGCGAAAUUUUAAUAAAAGCUGGUAUUUCUAUAAAUGCAACAGACAAUGCUAAGAAUACUCCUCUUCAUGCUGCUAUGUUGUGCGAAAAUGAAAACGUUGUUAAGAUGUUGAUGGAUCAUGGCGCCAGUAUUUCUGCUUGUGAUGUGGAAGGGGAAAGACCGAUUCAUGUAGCUGCAUCAGAAGACCAGUGUGAAUUUAUUGAACUCCUUGCGAAAAAAGCAAUUGCGGAAAUACCUGAAGACAAAAAGGAUGAAGAGUUAAAAAAAUUUAUCAAUGUCCGAUCACAUGAAAAAGAUACUCCUCUUCACUUAGCAGCUCAAGCUGGUUAUGAAGAAACUGUCAAAACAUUGAUUAAACUUGGUGCAGAUAUAAAUGCGCUGACUGACACAAAGCAAACGCCGUUACAUUUGGCAGCUAUAAGCGGACAAUGUUGUAUUGUAGAGCAUUUGAUAAACAAUGGAGCAAAAAUCAAUGUGUUUGAUAAACAACAAAUGACUCCCUUGCAUAAAGCAUGUCAAUUUGGUCGCCUAGAAACUGUUAAAUAUUUGCAUAAAAAUGGUGCCAAAAUUGAUGCUAAAGAUGAUGAAGAUUUUACACCAUUAAUGUGUGCUGUGUGGAAAGGACAGAAGGAUGUUGUUGAAUAUUUGUUAGAUGCUGAUGCUGACAUUAAUGCUGUUGACAUUAGUUCUAGAUCUCUCAUCCAUUUAGCAGUGGAUGAUGAUUUAGAAGAAACUUUAAAAUUGCUUCUUGUUAGAGGUUGUGAAGUGUUGGUUGAUAGCAAUGACAAUAACAACAGAAGGCCACUACAUUAUGCUGCAACUAUUGGCAACGAAGAGGCCAUUGAGAUCCUGCUCAAGUAUUCAGCAGAAAUAGAUUGCAGUGACCAUGAAGGAAAGACACCUAUUCAUGAUGCUGCAAAGUUUAGAAAGUUUAACUGCUUAAAAUUACUUAUUGAGGCUACUCCAGCUCUUGUUAAUUCAACAGAUGAUCGUGGCAGGUCACCGUUACACUUAGCAGCCAUUAACGGUCACAAACGCAUUUGUCAUAUCUUAAUAGAGAAUGGAGCAGAAACAUUUUGCAAAGACGAUGUAAACUGGACUCCUCUCGACUAUGCUGCACAAUAUGGUCACUCCAAAGUUGCGAAGUUGUUAUUAGACAAUGAUGCACCUGUAGAUGCGGUUGAUAAAAAUGGUGAAACUCCAUUGCACCAUGCCUCUAUGUGUGGACACAUUGAUUGUAUCAAUUUAUUACUUGAUAACAAUGCAAGUAUAUCACAUCAAAAUAAAGAUGGAAAAAACUGUCUAGAUUUCGCUGUAGAGAAUCAUGAGAGGGAUGCUUGCAUGGCAUUUAUAAAACACAAAAGGUGGAAAGAAGCAAUCAGUCAUGUCGACAAUAAUGGUACACAUCCAAUGGAGAAACUCAUCGCAGUAGCACCUGAAGUUGCAGAAGUUAUAUUAAACAGAUGUAUGCAGCCAUCACAGCAUUCGGUCACUCAUCCAAAUUACAGCAUCACCUAUGACUUUGAGUAUAUUGAUCUAAAUCCUAAUGAUCAAGUGAACGAAAUUUAUUUUGGUCCCUCCUGCAUGCUUUUCCAUCACAGGGAGUCGUUGUUGUCACAUCCCGUCACAGUCGCAUUAAUAAAUGAUAAAUUUGCACAGUUAGGGUUACGCAUGUUUGUGGGAAAUCUAGGUGUUUAUCUUGUGUUCGUUGGUCUGCUCACAUCAUUAGUUCUCGUUGACAAAGACAGAAUGAGCAAGAUGGAAACUCAACGCAUCAAAACUAGAACUCAGCGAACUGUACCUUGGGUACUUUUAGCUUUUACUAUCAUUCAGAUUGUGAAAGAGCUGGUUCAGUUAUUUUUCUUGCGUUGGCGAUACUUCAAAGACAUAGCUAAUUACCUGGAGAUUAUCUUAUACACUGCAACUAUUGUUUUUAUCAUACCUUUUAUCAUACAAAACCUGGACCCAAGUUUUAAUAUAAACCCUCUGGAAUUAAAUUCAACAAACCUUACUGAAAGUCAACAAAAAUAUUUACAGUCGUUGGAAAGUAUAAAAUGGAAUGUCGGAUCGAUUGUAAUUCUUAUUUCAUGGCUCAACCUACUUUUACACUUGUAUGCAUUUCCAUUUUUUGGAAUUUAUGUUGUCAUGUUUAUUGAAGUAUUCAAAACAGUGAUCAGUGUGUUGUUUGUAUUCGGCAUGUUCAUAGUCGCUUUCGGCUUAGCUUUCUUUGUUUUAUUGGAUACACAAGAUGCGUUCAGAUAUCCUGGUCGUUCUAUCAUCAAAACUGCAGUAAUGUCGAUUGGAGAAUUGGAAUAUUCUGAUAUUUUUUUACCUACAAUAGAUGAACCGUAUAAAGUGCCUUACACAGUUUUAACGUUUUUUAUAUUAGUCCUUUUUCUUUUUAUGAUGCCGACAUUGCUGAUGAAUUUACUGGUUGGGUUGUCCAUUGGAGAUAUUGAAGCUGUUAGAAAAAAUGCAUACCAUACAAUAUUAAAAGCACAAAUCAAAUACUUGCGACUGUUCGAAAAGAGCGAUCGCAAACUUUUAAACUCAAUGAUUUCUUAUAACAAGAAAAAGGUUUACAGACCAAACAAUAAGUUUUGGUGGAGACAUCAAACUGGUGGUUUCUUUUCUUUUCUGAUAUAUCUGUUCUUUAAUUGGCUCAUUAAGUCAGAUCACGAAUUGUUGAAAGAAAACCAGUUAGAAGUUAGUAGCAGAGAGGAACAUAUUCUUAAAGAGUUAAGCGUCAACAGGAAAGAGUUGGACAAACAAAAGAAGCGUAUUAAAACAUCAAUAGAGUUGCUCGAAGAUGAUGCGGAUACUAUUAAGAAGAUAUACGAAAGACUAAAAAUCGAGGAGGAUGAUUUGCUGUGUAAAAAAGACCUAACUAAACAAGUCAUUGUCACAUGUCCUCAAAUCUCCUUGUGCUUACGUGUUAUUUUAUGCUUUAGUAAAAAAAUGAGUAUACGAUUGUUAAACUUGAGAGGACGAGUUGAAGAUGAACCAGACGGCCCGGAAAACGACGAAAAGAAAACAAACGGCCCUGCUGAAUAUCGUUUGCUAAAAAAUGAAGUUCCAGAACCCAGAGGAAGCUCAUCAUCAUUGGCAGAUCUUGACGACGAAAAGAGCAUAUCCAGUGAUUCAUACAUCUCCUUACACCAAGCUGCCAGCGAGGGAUCAAUUGAUCUUGUCAAGCGCUUCUUCGCAGAGUAUAAUAACCCGGUUGAUAGAGAUAAUGCACGCGACCAACGUAACGCUCAAGGUUAUACAGCAUUGCAUCUGGCUGCUCGCUACAACAGAAAGAAUGUGUUGGCGUAUUUGUUAGAUCUGGGUGCUGCUAUUGACGAUGUCGACGGAGAAGAUUCGAACACUCCUUUACUGCUCGCAACAAAGUAUAACAUGAAGUUAAGUGCAAAGUUAUUGAUCGAACGUAACGCGAAAGCAACAAUUCGUAACAAAUAUGGUACAACGGCGCUUCAUUUCGCAGCUCGCCGUGGUAAUGCUGAUUUGUGUAAACUAUUGUUAGACAAACCCAAUGUUGAUAUUAAUGCUACAGAUAAUGGUUUGGCUACUCCCCUUCACAUGGCUAUGUUGGGUGGUAGUGAACCUAUAACCAAACUGUUAAUUGACAGUGGAGCGGACGUCAAUGCGCAGGACAUUGAAGGAGAAAGACCAAUCCACUAUGCUGCUGCUGAAGACGCAGGAGAUCUGAUUGUAUUGUUAGCAAAAGGAGCUUUAAGAGGAGUUGAAGAAGCGGAUCGAAAGAAAACACAAAAACAAUUCGUCAAUGCUGGUUCAUAUGAGAAAGACACAGCGUUACAUGUGGCUGCACAAGCCGGCUACGAAGAGACUGUCAAGACACUUGUGACUAUUGGAGCAGAUGUAAACUUGCGUACUGAUACAAAUCAAACAGCGUUACAUCUUGCUGCUAUUAGUGGCCAAACAGCUGUGGUAAGGUUUCUGGUGAUGAACAACGCGAGAGUAAAUGCUAUCGAUGCAGAACAAAUGACACCGUUGCAUAGGGCGUGCCAAUAUGGUAGAUUAGAGACGAUUCGAUUCCUGAAAGAACGCGGUGCACGAUUAGAUGCGAAAGAUAAAGACAAUUUCACUCCAUUGAUGUGCGCAGUGUGGAAGGGACAGAACGAAGUUGUAAAGUAUUUGUUGGAUGAAGGAGCGAACAUUAAAAUCACAGACUUACUUAACAAAACUGUUUUACAUCUUUCAAUUGAAGAAGAUCACUACGAUACAUUGAGUCUGUUGAUGCAGCUUGGAGGGACGGAGUUGGUGCAAAAAACUGAUAAGGAUUAUAAGACGCCGCUGCAUUACGCUGCUGCUAUGGGGAACGAACCCUCUGUGAAACUUCUUAUCAACAACGAUGCUGAACUUGAUCUGGGUGACUGUGAAGAAAAGACACCACUGCACAAUGCUGCAGAAAAGGGACAUCUAGACUGCGUCAGUAUAAUAGGAAAAGCGUCACCUGGAAUUAUCAACUCCACUGAUGAAAGAGGGCGCUCCCCGUUGCAUCUGGCAGCUAUGAUGGGACACAUAUACGUUACUGAGAGUUUGAUUGAGAUGGGUGCAGAGACGUCGUGCCGCGACGACGUUAAUUGGACGCCGCUAGAUUAUGCAGCGCGCUAUGGUUUUCCGAAAACAUUAAAGGUGCUGCUAGAUAACGACGCCGAUGUCGACGCGUGUGAUAAGAACGACUCCACACCUCUCCAUCACGCGUCGCAACAUGGUAACGUGAGCUGUAUAGUACUACUGUUGGAUAAUGGUGCUAGUAUACAUAAAAGAAACAGAGAUGGAAAGAAUUGUUUGGAUUUAGCGGUUGAAAACUUUGAAAGAGAUGCCUGCAAGGCUUUGAUUAAGCAUAGAAGGUGGCAUGAAGUUGUAUCCAAUCUCGAUAACGAUGGAGUUCAUCCACUCGAGAAGUUGAUCGAAGUUGCUCCCGAUGUUGCGGAGGUCGUUUUAAACAAUUGCAUAGAGCAUUCAGACGUUGCCAAAGACCACGUAGAUUACAACAUCACGUACAAAUUCCACCUGCUUGAUUUACCACCAAGUCAACAAAAGAAUGAUGUCUACUUCGCUCCGUCCACCAUGGUUCGAUUCCAGCGUGAGAAUCUGCUUCGCCAUCCUUUGACUGUGCAGUUGAUUAAUGAUAAGUGGUGCCGGCUUGGACGAUGGAUUUAUAUGACCAGUUUAACUGUGUACUUGUUGUUCGUAUCUCUGCUCACUGCGUUAGUCGUGAUUGAAAAACACGAUCAAAAAGAUUUGAUUGCAAUGCUGAAAGGGAAUGCAUCUCUGAAUAGCUCAACGCCGUACAGUUCACUUCAAUGCCACGACACGACGCGUUUUUCCACCGUCGUCCCUUGGAUGACGCUUGGUUUAGCGUGUUUUCAAAUCUUUAAGGAAGUUACGCAAGCAAUGUACCUAGGAAGGAGGUAUUUAUUGGAUCCGGUGAAUUGGUUCGAGUUCAUGUUGUAUUUUGCUACCUUUCUUUUCAUGUUGCCAUUCAUACUAUGCCAGGUGGAUAAGAGUUUGAUCACCCGCGACCUUGAAAGCAUGAAAUGGCAAGCUGGCGCCGUCUCAAUUCUAUUUGCGUGGUUUAACUUACUGCUUUAUUUAAAACGUUUUCCGUUCUUUGGAUUGUAUGUGGUCAUGUUUACUGAGAUUUUCGUGACGCUCGUGAACGUGUUGUUGGUGUUCAGUAUACUUAUUGUCGGCUUUGCUUUAUCGUUUUAUGCGUUGGUGAACGUGCAAGACGAUUUCAAAAUGCCGGGCCGUUCGAUCGUGCGAACAAGUGUGAUGAUGAUUGGGGAAUUGGAUUACGACGCAAUGUUUACUGAAAAUUUUCCUCACAGUAGAAAGAAAUAUCUACCUUACAAAGCAAUGACUGUGUUCAUUUUUCUUUUCUUCCUGAUUAUUAUGUCGAUAAUUGUUAUGAAUUUGUUGGUUGGUUUAGCUGUUGGAGAUAUCGAAUCAGUUCGAAAAAAUGCAUAUCUUCGUAUUUUGGAAGCUCAAGUUCACAUUUUAAAAGUAUUAGAACGGACAUACCCGAAGUUUAUUUUACGCAGCGUAUACAGAGAUCACGCUAUUGUUAAACCUAACAAAAGAAGUCAUUAUAGAAAAUUUAUGGACUGGGUUGGCAAGUUUAAUUCCGACGCCUUGAUAGAUGAACAAAUUGAAAUGGGAGGGAAAGAAGAAUUGAUCAUUCGUGAAGUUGAAUCACAGAGACAAGAGUUAGAAAAACAAAAAGAAAAAAUGAAAGCUUUGAUGAGCAUGAUCGAAGAGCACUGCGCAAGGACGAAACGAAUCGCUAGAAAAUUGGAAGUUACUGACCUUGAAUGCUGAUUUGGAUACACUAGACUCGAUGAUCAAACCUGUGUUUUGCGGUCAAUCCUAUUGGAUUUAGUUUUCACUAUCUUCAGGCUUCUGAAGAUAUAUAAUAUAAUAAUAUAAACUUAUUAGGAAACAGUUUGGAAUGACGAGUUGUUAAAGAACCAACCACUUGUUGUUUGCCAUAAAUAUCGCACAAUAUUUUUUAACAAUCACAAAUAUUUUGAUUUUAAACAUUUUUUAACUCAUUCUAAUAAUCUAUGGACUGUUUCUAUUUUAAGAGAAGAAAAUUUUUGCGUAAAAAUUUUUUGACGAUUGUUUGAAAAAAUGGGCGAAAGCAUUUAAGCAAAAAUAACUUUCAAUAACGAACCCUCAAACUCGCUACACACGGACCAUUUAAUUCAAGGUUGGGAGAAUUUGGGAUAAAAUUUUGCGAAUCAAAGAAGAUGGUUUUUUUUUGUUAAUUUUUUUCGAUUGUUGGCUCUUUUAUUUGUCAUCUGAAACAUUGUGAUACGUUCCCUUGCACAGGCCAAGAAAGUUCGAGAUAUGAAAAGUUCUGAUGAGGUAUCCCCUUUCUCAACCCAACUUAUAUAUAUGCUGCAUAAAAUAUUUGAUUAGGCCCCUAUAAUGGUUGUAAUGGACAAAAUGUAUAUAUUCAUUUUUGCACUUUUUUAAUUUUGUAUAUAACAUUGUUUAUCCAUAUAAA